AUGGAUGAAUCCUCAUCGUUCGGACAUACAGCGACGCGAAGCAUAUCAGAGCCUGAUCAACAGAUAACGCCGUUUUCUGACACUGAGACCAUCACCAAGAUACAUUCCAUCAUUGCUGCCGCUGAGAUUGUUGAGGAAACGUCAGAUCCCAGCGAGCAAAUACUACACCAGUCUACGAUAUCUAGCCCAUCAAGGCAGCAAAUCGAUCAAGAUGAGGAAUCGGAGAUCUGGUACGAUCUUUCACAUAUCUCACAUGAUCACCAGAAUCCUGCUCCCGAAGGAAACGCAGAAGCGAGCAAUGAUAUCGAGCAAGUUCCAAUCAUAGAUGCAACCGAAGAAGUUGGACCGAUCCAUUCAAGUCCCCAAGGAACUGAUGCACCACUAACCGAGGUCGAAGUGUGGGACCUAGUUGAUAGCACGGGAAAACACGCCAUCGCGACAGUGAUUCAAGACGAGGGAAUUCCAGAUGAAAGUGCGAUCAUUGACGAAGAACCACUGGAAACCAUAGCCGUCACAGUAGCAAUCGGUGCUGCUUUAGAUAACCAGACUGAGAUCGAGGAACUUUCCGGUGAAGAGGGAGCCCCAGUUUGGGUCAUCAUCCUAGCUUUGACAGUCUGGUGCUGUUUCAUUGUCAUCCUCAUUGGCAUCACAUGCUACCUGGCACACUCGAUGAACUGGCAUGGAGUUGAGAUCUUCACGGCAGUCGCACUCCCACUACCUUCCAAAGCUUGGCUUGCAUUCUUCCACCUACCAGAAGGACUCUCACUUACUCAAGCGAAAGGGGUCGACUUUGCCGCUGGAGCAGUCAUAGCACCAGUAUUCAUCGGGGUCGCAAACUUUGUUUGGUUCAAGACUGGCAGGAAGCUUUCGCCAAAGAUCGACCACACAAAUGAAGUUCCCAAUGAGGAGACUGGGAUUUUCAACUUGAGCAAGCUUCUUGGUUUUAUGAGAACGUCAAAUCCAAGACUGGUACUGCUAGCUGUAUUGCUGCUAUCCUCAGCUCUCGCUUCCACUUUACUUUCCAACGUGCUUGGUUACAAAGCCAUUCCUGCAGGUUCGGCCGAAGAUGUAGGAGCAGAAACGCAAGAGCUCUUAUACCAGAUGGUCUAUAUUCCUGGAAUACUCUUUCUCGCGCUCUGUGCCGUCACUUCUGCAUCGACAGCCGCCUUGUCACUCGUUCUACUCGAUUGGAGAUCCGCAUUAUCGAAGAAGAAUCAACUCCAUCAAGCACGUGAACGUGGGGAUGGAAUUGCCACUGACGAGCAUGAUAUUGGGUGUGAAAACGUAAACACACGAGCUCAUGACUAUGUGUCAUUCCCAAGAUUCCAUACAAGUCGACGAUUGUUCUCUCGUGGAGGCAGGGAGAUCUUCAACUCCAGUCGGAGGAACACUUCGGGAGAAGGAGAAAUGGAGCCAUUACUGCAACGAACUCAGUCCCAUGUCGGGAGCCUUGGAUCUCCAGGAUCUUGGAGACUUCCAUCAUUUAGAUUUCCAACCUUCACAUCGCGCAAAAAAGUCGGCGAUAUUGAAGGGUCUCGAGAAAUUGCGACAGGAUUUGUGGCAGAUGUGCAAGAGAGUGAGCAGAAUGAAGGGCAAAGAGCCUCCUUAGCCCUAUGGACGCUACCACGGCUUACUUUUCCUGUUUGGCGGCGAACUCAAUCAUUACCCAUGAUGACACAGCAAGCAGAACUGCAUGGAGACCAGAAUCCUGCAGCCGCACCGCCAAUCGAAGUCACAACACCAACUGUUCCAAAUAUGAAGCAGGGACGUAAGUUCUGGAAGUUCUUGACUUAUGGAACAUUGGCUGCUCAAGAUGAGGCGAUCGCCAAUCAGAGCAGUGAGGGUAACAUUGUCAGCGAGACUGGAGCGACUUCGGACAUGAUACCAGAUAUACGAGUACUUAAUUCGCUGUGGAAAUUGCCAUUCCCAAGUGCAUUUGCAUGGCCUUCUGGGAGCUGGAGGUCUGAAAGGCGAACUCGUCAGCGAGAAGAAGCUUCGGAUACAAGUUCACUGCUCUCGCAAGUGGAGCGUGAAGAAGUGACUCUUGCUCGGGUGGAGAGGACGCCAUCUUUCUGGGUUGUUCCCAGCUCCACUGGACAUUAUGUAGCGCCUACGCCUAAAGUCACUUCAAAGGAUCCGUCUCUUGAAGGAGAGCAUAACAAAACGGUUUCGGUGAAUGAACGCUUGGCUGAUGGGAAGUCUUCGGAGCCUAGACCGGGUUGGAGCCUCCCUCGAUCCAGCUUCUGGUCCAUGACAAGAUGGUCAACAGAUGCAGAAACUUCCUUAGAAACUUUGCCCACUCAUGCCGCAGAAGCCGGGCAGCACAUAGUUACCGAAUCGAUAAACGAUUCACAAAACACAUCAAUAACUUCUCGUCAAGCAAAGUCUCACCGAAAACAGUACUCACUAGAUCCUUUCACCUGGUUCCCAAAAUUCACUUUCCCUCUUGUUUUGGUUGACGUUCCACACCAGGUCGCCGAGCGACGCACGCUUUUGCCUGCUUUCGAAGAGACUUCUCCCAGCAACCAGUCGAAGAGCAAGACCAGGACCUUGACCGCAUCUGAAGCUCUGAACAUUGCUAUUGGAAACGAUUCAAUGUCAUCUACUAGCCGAAGCUCGGUGAUGAAAGAGCAAAUGAUUCAGAUUUCUUCCCAGGGCUACGACUCGACUGCAGAAGCAAUGACUUACAACGCAGAUGAUGUUCUCAGAACGAGAAAAGGAAAGAGGGUAGACAACUCGCGGACUUCUGGCAAACGACCUUCACAGAUGCCGGGAGUCGCUGUCCCACCACUUAAGCUCAAUGUUCCACAUCACCCAGUUGGGUGGAGUGUUCCAUGGAUACACUUGCCCCUAUUCUCCAGGGAUAGUGAGAGCGAAAUGGAGGGAAGUAAGCUGAUAGCGCCAAUUCAAACACAAUCCGACAACUUUGCAUCAUCAUCUCUUGCUCCCUCUCCUUCAAUACUUCCUUCACCCACAAAGAAAGGCAAAGAGACAGAACAACAUGUGGAUCAAGUUGAGUCGAUGAUUGAGCGGGUGCACGAACUAGACGCACCUGUAGUCAUUCAUGAACAAUCAGUGGUCAUGCAGCCAGCUAGAAUCGACGAGGACGACGAUGAUAUAGGACAGAAAGCAGCUCUGGGGGUCGGAUGGGUGCCAUGGGGCUCUCGUAGAAUGAAGCCAGAUGAUGUAGAAACAGCAAGGACAACUGGAAAGAGCCGCGCUCGCAGCCUCACGCCAAUGAGACAAGUCCCUCAAAAAAGUUGGUUAACACCGCAUGGGUAUGAGGAGGCGAGGAGUGGAAUUCAAACUACUUCUCCGAAUCCUAGUCCCAACAGAGAAGAUCGCGGAAGUUGGAAAGGAUGGACGUGGUGGGAUGUAACAUGGCCUCACGUCGUUGACGUUGACCAAUCCGGAUCACCUUCAACAACAGCCAGCCCUCGUCAAGUUUCUGCGACAUCAACGACGUCAAGUAAUGACUCAACCUCCCAUGAAGUCGGUCCCCAGAAACGAACGCCUGAUGCGAGAAGUCGUCCGACUUUCACGGGAUCAAACGAUUCAUACCGUAAGAGGAGACCCCUAUGGGGGCUUGGAAAAGCGUCAUACCAAUUGCCGCAACCUUCUCCGGUUUCGAUCAUGCUUCCCAAAAAUCUAUCUCCUAGACUAUCGAAUAGUAGAUCAAAAAGUGAAGAAUUUGUUGAACAGGCAGAACCAAGCGAAGCAUCUUCAGAGGUUUGGUAUUCAGGUGGGACUCAACUCUUAAUCGAAGGUCCCAAAAGUCCAAAAGGAAAGAGACCAGCUAAGUACACGUCUCUCACUGAGUGGCCUUGGAGCCAUGAUCACCACUUUAAAGCGGACGAGGAGGAUGCUGGUCCAUCUUUUUGGGUGGACGAAGGUGAAGGUAGCAGGAGAUCGAGAAAAUGGGGCAAUGGUCGAAGAAGAGCUUCCCACAGCAGCGAAAGAAGUGCGAGGAAACAGGGUGGUGAAGUUGAUACCGAGCCAUCGGUCGAGAAUGUGAGCUUAUGGUGA